AUGGCUUCACGCAAACUCCUUUCUUCGCUACUCCGUUCCUCUACACUUCUCUCCGUUAAACCCUCACUCCGAACCCUUAGACAGUCAGUUAAGCUUCCAUCACCGGGCGGUUUUCUUUUAAAGCGAGUGAUCAAUUACGCCACUUCCGCCGCACGAGUGAUCAAUUACGCCACUUCCGCCGCAGCUCCGGCGACGGCGCCAACGCCAUCGCUGCCGUCUAAGGUUGUGAAAUCCGGUGGUGGCAAAAUUACUGAUGAGUUCACGGGGGCUGGUGCGGUUGGCCAGGUGUGCCAGGUGAUUGGUGCGGUUGUCGAUGUCCGGUUUGAUGAAGGGUUGCCACCGAUAUUGACAGCUCUGGAGGUUAUGGACAAUCCAAUCAGAUUGGUUCUGGAGGUAGCGCAGCAUCUGGGAGAGAAUAUGGUGAGGACAAUUGCUAUGGAUGGGACUGAAGGGCUUGUGAGAGGACAGAGGGUUCUCAAUACUGGCUCUCCUAUCACUGUGCCUGUUGGGAGAGCUACACUAGGUCGUAUUAUGAAUGUUAUUGGAGAGCCCAUUGAUGAGAAGGGUGAAAUGAAAACGGAUCACUUCCUCCCAAUCCAUCGAGAAGCUCCAGCCUUUGUUGAGCAAGCAACGGAACAACAGAUUCUUGUUACUGGAAUUAAGGUCGUGGAUCUACUCGCACCAUAUCAAAGAGGUGGAAAGAUUGGGCUCUUUGGUGGUGCCGGUGUUGGAAAGACGGUGCUUAUCAUGGAACUUAUUAACAAUGUUGCUAAGGCACAUGGUGGUUUUUCUGUAUUUGCUGGUGUUGGUGAGCGUACUCGAGAAGGCAAUGAUUUAUACAGAGAAAUGAUUGAGAGUGGUGUUAUUAAGCUUGGAGAUAAGCAGAGUGAAAGCAAGUGUGCUCUGGUGUACGGUCAAAUGAAUGAGCCUCCUGGUGCUCGAGCUCGUGUUGGUCUUACUGGGCUGACAGUUGCUGAGCACUUCCGGGAUGCAGAAGGACAAGAUGUUCUGCUGUUCAUUGACAACAUCUUCCGUUUCACUCAAGCUAACUCCGAGGUCUCUGCUUUGCUUGGUCGUAUCCCUUCUGCUGUUGGUUACCAACCAACUUUGGCUACAGAUCUUGGUGGCCUUCAAGAACGUAUUACUACUACGAAGAAAGGAUCCAUUACAUCUGUCCAAGCUAUAUAUGUGCCUGCUGAUGACUUGACAGAUCCAGCUCCUGCAACCACUUUUGCCCAUCUUGAUGCUACGACUGUGUUGUCCCGUCAGAUUUCUGAGCUUGGUAUUUAUCCAGCGGUUGAUCCAUUAGAUUCCACAUCCCGUAUGCUUUCUCCUCAUAUAUUAGGUGAUGAACAUUAUAAUACUGCUCGUGGUGUGCAAAAGGUUCUCCAAAAUUACAAGAACCUUCAAGAUAUUAUUGCUAUUUUGGGCAUGGAUGAGCUUAGUGAAGACGACAAGCUUACUGUUGCUCGUGCACGUAAAAUUCAACGGUUCUUGAGCCAACCUUUCCAUGUUGCUGAAGUGUUCACAGGUGCCCCAGGAAAAUACGUGGAGCUGAAAGAGAGCGUUGCUAGUUUCCAGGGCGUUUUGGAUGGAAAAUAUGACGACCUUUCUGAACAAUCAUUUUAUAUGGUUGGUGGUAUUGACGAAGUCAUUGCCAAGGCUGAGAAGAUUGCCAAGGAGUCUGCUACUUAA